GGGGCAGCAGCGAUGGGGGGGGACCUCCAGAACCCUUUUGGGGUGGCAGGUCGGGUGUCCCAUUGGCUGUCCCAAUGCAUGGGGGGGGGGGAUCUGGGGGCUCCUGGUUCGGGAUCUGUGGGUCCAGGUGAGCUGGAUGCGGGUGGUGGCAGUGAUUCCUGGUCGUCGUGCACGGACCCUGUUGGUGUGCCAUCAUCCCAUCAGCUGCCAUGCAUGGACACUGCCAUCCCACUGGGGUCUCUGUGCUCCUACAGCCCCCCAUGCAUGGGCACUGUCAUCCCAUUGGGGUCCCCCAGUCCUACAGACCCCCAUGCAUGGACACUGGGGUCCCUGUGCUCCUACAGACCCCCAUGCAUGGACACUGCCAUCCCACUGGGGUCCCCCAAUCCUACAGACCCCCAUGCAUGGACACUGGGGUCUCUGUGCUCCUACAGACCCCCAUGCAUGGACACUGCCAUCCCAUUGGGGUCCCCCCAGUCCUACAGACCCCCAUCUAUGGACUCUGCCAUCCCACUGGGGUCCCUGUGCUCCUACAGACCCCCAUGCAUGGACACUGCCAUCCCAUUGGGGUCCCUGUGCUCCUACAGACCCCCAUGCAUGGACACUGGGGUCUCUGCUCCUACAGACCCCCAUGCAUUGGCACUGCCAUCCCAUUGGGGUCCCUGUGCUCCUACAGACCCCCAUGCAUGGGCACUGCCAUCCCAUUGGGGUCCCUGUGCUCAUACAGACCCCCAUGCAUGGGCACUGCCAUCCCACUGGGAUCCCCCAAUCCUACAGACCCCCCAUCUAUGGACACUGCCAUCCCAUUGGGGUCCCUGUGCUCCUACAGACCCCCAUGCAUGGACAUUGGGGUCUCUGUGCUCCUACAGACCCCCAUGCAUGGACACUGGGGUCUCUGUGCUCCUACAGACCCCCAUGCAUGGGCACUGUCAUCCCAUUGGGGUCCCCCAGUCCUACAGACCCCCAUGCAUGGACACUGGGGUCCUCUGA